UCGCAAUCCCAUGUUGAUGAAACGCAGUCAACCCCUCCACUGGAAAGUCUUUGUUUUGGGGAUCAUUUGCCACCUGCGUGUCGUUCAGAUCCUUCUCUCUACAAUAUGCACUUGGCUCAGAGCAAUUCAUAUGUGGCUACUGAAAUGGGAUCAACAUCAGAACUACUUGGCGAAAGUGUCCAGCUACCGUUGAUUGUGGGAAAGGAACCAUUGGAUGAUUUAACUGAAAACAACCAGGAUGUAUUGCUUGCAAGGUCUCGGAAAGCCUUACCACCGGAUAAAUUGGUUCAGCCUGAGAUGGACACGUCUAUUGAGCAUGGGGAGGUGUCUCCUUGUGAUGUGAAAGGACCUGUUUUGCAACGAUUGGAAGAACCUGAUUGUAGCCAGGCGUUUGCUAGACUUUCAGGCUCCUGGGAGCAAAUUCCUCCAGACGAUAUCACCCACUUGAAGCCAAAUAUUGGUUUUGAGAGCCCUCCAUCUCUGCCAGGUGGUGAACAGAUUGAAAAGCUUGCACUUUCUCAUACAGCCUCUCCCUUGGAUAAUACCCAGGUGCUUCCGUGUGAUUCCCAGCACCCUGCUGAUUUACAGGAUUCAGCCUCUGCUCCCUUCUCGUUUGGAGAGGGUGACCCGUUUUUGGGGUUUGCUCUGGAUAAUGACUCUCCUUGUGUUGGGGACGAGCUGGCCCGUCUCCGAGCUGUGUUUGAUGCACUGGAUAGAGAUAAGGAUGGCUUUGUGAAGAUGGAGGACUUUGUGCAGUUUGCUACUGUUUAUGGGGCUGAGCAGGUAAAAUACCUCACUGGGUACCUGGAUCCAGCUGGUCUGGGGGUUAUAAAUUUCCGUGACUUCUAUCGGGGUAUCUCCGAAAUCCAGAAUGAAGACCUGGAUAUGCAGCUGUAUGAUAUGGGAUACCCAUCUGAAGGAGAGCCGGCCUGCUCUGUGGAUUUUGAUGACCUGGCAGCAUUUGAGGUGACGGAGGUGACGGACAGCGCCUAUGUGGGCUCAGAGAGUGCUUACAGUGAGUGUGAGACAUUCACGGAUGAGGACACGGGAGGACUGGCGGCUCAGGAAGACCCAGAAACGGAGGGUGAUGGGGCAGGGUCUCGCAGACAUACAUCUGCAUCGCCUGAAGGUCUGGAGCUCUCUCUAUGUGACAUAUCUGUGGUCACAGUCGCUGGCCAAGAGGAGCAGUUUGAGGAUUUUGGUGAAGGAGCGGAACCAGACAUGUUCAACAGUCACUGCGAGGAUGAGCCGGACAGUUUCACCCAAACGUCAAACAGCACACAACGCAUCACCUCCAGUGGUGCACCUGUGUCGGAGCGCCAACUUCUAGCACCCCCACCUUGUCCAGCCCUAGGGGGCUUGUACUGCAGCCAGUGCCACAAACAUAUCAACCGCCUGGAAGACUUAUCUACCCGUCUCCGAUACCUUGAGAUGGACAGCCCCGACAAGAGGACCUGCAGCAGGAAGGAGGCCCGGAGGCUACAUAACAGCGGAUUCCUGGGGGAAGAGCCGGAGGAAGAACAGGAGACACACAUGGCGUAUGAUGAGACGGAUCUCACUGAUAAGGUGCUGUACCUAGAGCAGCGUGUGAGCGAGCUGGAGAGAGAUGCGGCCACCACAAGUGAACAACAGAACCGACUUCGACAAGAGAAUCUGCAAUUACUUCACAGGGUGCAUGCACUAGAAGAACAGCUAAAAGAUCAAGAGCUGCUGUCAGACGAGGUUCAAAGCGAAGAGACUCGCAAACACAGAGAUGAUAUGCGCAAAAUGGAGCGUGACCGCAGCUAUGAGCUGAGCAGUCUUAAAGCUAGACUUCAAGAGCUGGAGAACGAGAACACUGAUCUCCGCUCUCAGCUGCCGAGUUUCAAGGCAACAACACAGAGGCUAGAAGAGGAGAAGUAUAAAUUGCUGGAUCAGGUGGAGGACCUUCAGCGUCAGCUCCAAGACCACCUGGAUCAGAAUAGAAAACUGGGGGGAAAGCUCAGUAAGGAGCUGCACAAACAGCAGACUGAGAAAGAAAGAUGUCAGGAGGUCAUAGAAGAGCUGCGGCGGGAGCUGGAACAGAUGCAGCUCAUGCGUCUUGAAAUGGAACAGAAAAUGGGCUUGGGAAACAGCGCCGCGCUGCAGGAAUACAACAGCCGCACCAGGGAGGCUGAGCUAGAACAAGAGGUCCGACGACUUAAACAGGAACAACGGGCCCUCAAGGAGCAGAAUGAAGAACUGAAUGGACAGAUUAUUAAUCUUAGCAUCCAGGGAGCGAAAAACUUGUUCUCUACUACAUUCUCCGACUCUCUGGCUGCAGAGAUCAGCAGCGUCUCUAGAGAUGAGCUUAUGGAGGCUAUUCAGAAACAAGAGGAGAUCAACCUGCGCUUACAGGAUUAUAUCGACCGUAUUAUUGUAGCCAUUAUGGAAACCAACCCAGCCAUUCUGGAAGUGAAAUUCCAUUAACUCUCCAGCGAGUUCUGGUAGGAGGAUGAAGCUCUGCCCAUGAUCCAGGAUGCAGAGGAGGCAGAUGUGAUCCCCGACAUGCUGGUCCCCCCAUAGAUGCAUUCGGGCUCAGCCUAGCACACUCUGGCGGUGGUGAUGAUCAACCUGCACGGAGAAUCCUGCUGUGCACCUGAACCCCAUCUGUCUUAGCCACAUCUAAGAGUACAUGGAAGGAUUCUGCCGGGUUUCAGUCUCCACGUAUCGCCUGAGGAAUCAUCACAGCCUGUGUAUAAUUUCCCCAAACGUAGAGGAAUGUACAACGGAUGUCGUGAAGCCUCCCGCACCCCCGCUUUACGUCCCAUUCCUCAUGGGCAGAGCCCAGUUCACGCUAAAUAUCCGAAUGUAUCGCAUCCACUCCUUAGUAAAGGACUUAACUCCGAAUGUGGGUUACUGGACUACAGACUUGAAGGCGGUUGAUUGGUGUAUGUUUAUGUAUAUAUUGCGUCAAUGCACAAAUGUAUAUAUGGUGUUGGUGCACAUGUGACCUGUUUGCAACAGCAGCACAGAGGAAUCCAGCAGUAAUAAUGUUAAUAAAUCAUUUGUUUUCGCAUUCA